AAGUUCAGCGACCAGAAGAAGAUUUCCCAUCAUGCAAGUUGGCGCGCUAACUUUGAGGCACUGCCGUAAAAAUGAUAAAGACGCGUUUGUUUUCAGUUCAACGUAGAAGUUUAAAUCUUUGUGAUUUUGUCAAACUGUAGCAGUUUCUUGGACCUGUUGGUGGUCGGGUUCACAGGGUAAAAGAUGAGCAGUCCAGGAGACCGCAGCGGCUCCAUCAGACCCGCUGACCUCUUUGAAGACCUUUGGAUGCAGUUGAAAUACUGCCACCAAAACACAGUACAAGAAUUUGAGGCAAAAGUGAGCAAACUGAAAAAGGAUCGCUGUCUAGAUGCUCAGAGGCUGGAGGUGUUUUAUAAUCGCAACCAGCAGCUCAAGGAGCAAAAUCAAAGCCUUCAGGAGACCAUCGGUCUGCUGGAAGAAAGGGUCCGUCCAGGAGAGUGUAAUCGUUGUGCCGUCUUGGAGGAGAAGCUGAAAAGCAGUCAGGAUCACAAUCUGGAUGUAAUCACCAAACUGAAAAAUGAGAAGAAAAACCUGGAAGAUGAAAGCAGAGAGCUACGAGCUGAACUGCAGAGGAUGAAGACCUCUCACAGAUGUUGCGUUUGCAUCAGUGCAGAACCCGAGGAGACCUCACCGCCCGAGCCGGAGGAAGGCGUCAUCCCAGACUCUCCGAUCUUGCCGAGCUCGCUGCCCGUGGCGAACAAACUGAGGAAACGUAAACCCGCUGACAAGAGCCAACAUGUUCGUUACGCAGAGACGCCUCUGCCGCAGAGCAGCAGCUCUCUCUUUAAUGAGUUAAAGAAAUGGCCUGAUGAUGGAGGUGCAAAGAAUUCUGGGAGAGAAGUGCUCGUGCCGAACACUUGUGAACUGGACACAUCCCAAAGCUCAAAUGAUGCGAAGGAAGAAACUGAAGAGGUGGUUGCAGAAACCUGCGGCCUGGAGCUGCUGGGUAAUCAUCACCGUAAAACAGAGUUGCCUCAGAAUCAUCAAAGCAGCACCAAAAGUACCUGGAAGCACAACGUUCGUUUAAGGCCUUUCUCCUCUUCAUCGGCACGGAUCCACAGUUCAGACUUGACCACAGACAGAUCGCCGUCUCUUCUUCCAUGUACAAAACGCUUUUCAGAGGAAGGCUCCUUCUGCAGGGCCAAACGGAGGAAGCAGGAAUGUGAUUUAGGGGUGCAGGGAGGCGGCGAAGUGGGGGUGGAUAAUCAAAUGGAAGGCAAACCCUUACAACCUGAGAUCAUCAGCCAGGCCAUCACAUCUGUCUCUAAUCUUGGCUUUAAAACAGAGCAGCUGGGCAACAAGGGUCAGUCAAGACAAAGUGAAACUCCCAACCAGAAGCUGACUGUCUCUUGUGAGGAACCUGCUUUUAAGAAACCUCUCGGUAAAGCUGAAGAGCAAGCAGACGAGAGGAGAAGAUCUCUGCAGGAUCGGAAUGGUUUACAGAAACGGCUUCAACCUAAAGACUCUGAAGGACAGCAGACAGUGGAGCCUAUGUGGAGCAUCGACCCUGCACUCGCUCUGUCCAUGUAUGAGAGCGAGCAGAGAGAAGACGAGGAAGUGGAAGAAAAGCUGCGACCUGAAGAGCUGGGAGAUACCGACUGCACCUGGGUCAGUCACAGCCUGCUGCAGCGUCGGCGAGAGGACAGUCAGGACAUGCAGUCUGGACUUGGUGACAAGGCCAAUGACAGUUUGGAUAUGUUAUUUGAUGCAACAUCCUUAGGGGAGUACAAGUCAUACAACUGCUCGCAUUUAGACCAGAGUCAGCAUUGUGAAGAAGUUAAGGAAGACCCUAACGAUAAAGAUCUUCGUGAAACUACUGGAUGUCACAGCAGAGCUCGGCAGCCAACAUUUGCACAUGUGGCCGUCGUUCGCAAGAAGGACGAGAGGAGAAAGCUGAAGGGUACCACAUGCAAGGAAUGUGAAGUGUAUUACGCUCAUCUGCCGGAGGAGGAGAAGCAAAAGAAGCUAUCGGCUUGCUCGAGGCAUCGGUAUCUCUAUGUUCCUCCUUGUACCCCUGAAAACUUCUGGGAAGUUGGAUUCCCAUCGACACAGACCUGCAUUGAAAGAGGUUACAUCAGGGAGGAGAAGAACCCUCAGGCACGCUCACGAAGGCGACAGCCAUUUAACGCCUUGUUCUCCCCGAAGCGGAGCCAGAAGCGGAGCUGAAGCUAUUCAUCACUACAGAUGUUGCUGUGUUGAGAUGUCUCAGGCAGCAUGACGACACACUCUGUUAAUACGUGCCUUUUCAGGUUAUCAUCCCAGCUGAAUGUGUGACUGAAAAGACUUUGUGCUUCCUGUAAAUGAUGUAAAUAAAAUUAGGAGGUCUAAAAUGUUG